CUCGACGUCACUUCCUGACACUUUUCUUUUAGUCAUCAACAUCUGAAAGGCAGCCCGAAGAGCGCUUAUGGAAAAAUAAAGCCCCGGAUGAUGUAUUAGUGUGCUGUUCCCUCUCCCUUCUCCUGAAGACCUUCAUCCCCUCCUCUUUCACCACCUCCACAUCCUUCUGAGACCCCAGUGAUGUGGCCCCACGGCUGCGCCUUCCUGUCGCAGUACACCCACCAUCACCUGGUCGCGUUCCUCCUCACCUUCUUUAGCUAUGUCUUGCUGCACGCCUCCCGUAAGACAUUCAGUAAUGUAAAAGUUAGCAUCUCCGCACAGUGGACUCCUUCAGUGCAGAACGCCAGCUCACCUGCCUUUUCCCCUGGGGAGACAUGGGAAGAGAAUAAGCUGUUUGCAGACAAUGGGGAGGCCACACUGUUCUUGGGUGCGUUGGACACCAUCUUUCUCUUCUCCUAUGCCGUGGGCUUGUACAUCAGUGGGGUGAUAGGUGAUCGUCUGAACCUUCGUUAUGUUCUCUCUGCUGGACUGUGUGGUUCAGCUAUUGUGGAGUUCCUGUUUGGCACUCUGACGGAGUGGCUGCACUUUUAUAAUGUGUAUUUCUACUGCUGUCUGUGGGUGCUAAAUGGCCUGCUUCAGUCUGCAGUAUGGCCCUGUGUGGUGGCUGUCAUGGGCAACUGGUUUGGUAAAUCUGGCCGAGGUUUUGUGUUCGGCCUGUGGAGUGCCUGCGCAUCAGUGGGGAAUAUUCUGGGAGCGUUCCUGGCCUCCAGUGUCCUCAAGUAUGGCUAUGAGUAUGCUUUCCUGGUGACGUCAGUGGUGCAGUUUGCAGGUGGAGUGGUUGUGUUUUUUGGCCUGCUCACGUCUCCAAAGGAAGUGGGUCUGUGUGAUGGCUUUGCAACAGGCCUGAUACCAGUGGAAAGGGACCCAGACAGCCAUCAGCCACUCAUGAGUGAUGAUGAAGAGCCUGAUGAAGACGUGGUUUGUGAUGGAGGCUAUUAUUCUAUACAACAGCGGGAUGAGGAACCUGUGUCUCAAACCAAAGCCAUCGGCUUCUUCCAGGCCUUCUGCCUGCCGGGAGUCCUUCCAUACUCUCUUGCCUAUGCUUGUCUAAAGCUGGUGAACUAUUCCUUCUUCUUUUGGCUGCCAUUCUAUCUGAGCAACAACUUUAGCUGGAAGGAGGCUCAGGCAGACCGGCUGUCUGUAUGGUACGACGUGGGCGGGAUCAUUGGUGGAACAGUGCAGGGCCUGAUCUCUGAUUUCCUCGGUAAAAGGGCCCCUGUGCUGUCUGUCAGUUUGCUGCUAGCUAUGGGAGCUUUAGUAGGAUACAGCCACUCUCCAAAUGAUCAAGCGGUAAAUGGAGUGCUUUUAGCAGUUACAGGUUUCCUCAUUGGCGGCCCAUCAAACAUGAUAAGCUCUGCAAUCUCAGCAGACCUAGGCAGACAAGAAGCUCUGCAGGGGAGUCAAGAAGCCUUGGCCACCGUCACAGGCAUAGUGGAUGGAACUGGCAGCAUUGGGGCUGCUGGGGGACAGUACUUGGUGUCACUCAUUGAGAGCAAACUAGGAUGGAUGUGGGUCUUCUACUUCUUCAUACUCAUGACAGGGUUCAGCAUUGUAUUCAUCAUUCCUCUUAUUAUUAGUGAAGUACGCUCCAUGUGCAGAGACAGACAAGCAAGGACGCACCAGCUUUGAGACCUUCCUUAUUUUUUGGACUCUUAUUAUAUUGGGGUUAGUAUGGAGAAUGUGGACAGGGUCUCUGUCCAGACACUCAGUUUGUAGCCAGUUCCCUGGCUGCUUUUUUAAAAUUUUCAGUAAUGGGAUUGAUUUAAAUGGUUAGUGCAUGAUCCCAGGGAUUCAUAUGUUAUGCCAAUGACACUGAUUGGUCAUUGAUAAAUUGGUCAUUUGUAAAGGUAAUCAUAGUAGUCAUCAUCAUUGACAAUCAGCUCAACCAGUCUGUUGGCAAUAGAGCUGAGCAUUUAUUUUCACAUGUGUAAAAUGAAAACAAGCUUAAUAUAGUUUAGACUGAAGCAUGCGUGAUUUGGUGAAGCAACACAGGUAUUGCUGGCUGUAUAACUAGAUAGAGAAAGGAUAGUGAGACAGUUUAAGUGAGAGUUAAUGAACACAUUUUGGAUGAUAGCCAUGGAACUGGUGCCCUCUUUAUUCACUAUAUUGGCAAAGUUUAUUGGCACAGUUAACAGCACUUCGGUCUGAUUACCUGUGUAACACAUCUUUUUUGUCCUUCAGCCAUUUGGCUACAUGAUUUGGACUGUAUGAAUCCUACUUAUUAUGCCAUCAAAUGGAAGGUUUCUGUUCUUUCAUUAAAUGGGUUCUAGCACUAAACUUAAGCAUUAUGGCAGGUUUGCAGUCCCCACAGCCAGAGAUGAUGUAAACAUGGCUGACGUGCAGAAGGGGGAUACAUUGAUUUGGCUGUGAAAUCUCUCAUCUUGAGACACUCUUUUAGAACAAGGCACAAUCUCACAAAUUGAAAGCCUUUAGAAAAUAUGAAUCUUUCAGUGCCUUUAUUUUCAGCCCACAUUUUAAUUCAGAUGGUCUUAGUUCUCCAAAAAAAGGAGUGACGCAGCAGUUCCUUAUGAAUUUUAAUCAGCCAAUCUAAGCAGCUCUGUUGUCUUUUUCAAGCUGCAUAAAGAACUAAAAAAUAAUAGAAAAUGGGUUACUUGUUAAUGUUGAACUAUGCUUUUAAAUUUUGAUAUUUAUGAAUCUUUUUUAUUGAUAUUUUGAUUUUACUGGUUGCUAUGAAGGGGCAGGACCCUCAUAGUUGCGGUCUAUAUGUAUAGAUGGAGAGGAACCAAAUCACUCGAUCAUUCCGUGCCUGUAGUCUUUUGGGUCUUUUGAUGAAUAGGAACUAAGAACUGGAAUUUUUAGUGGUGCUUUUGGGGACUGUACGAAAAUGGAUUUAAUGUUUUUAUAUUGUGUUUUUUUCUUUAACCCUCCUGUUAUCUUUGGGGGUAAAUUUGACUCCAUUCAAUGCUUAACAUCUCUAAUUAAAGCGACUGACUUCAUUUUUUGCUUCAUAUUUAAUGACUUUUCCCAUUUCAGGGGGGACAACUUGGUAAACAUAAAGUUAACAUGAUGAUAUGUUUUCUGUGUCCUGUACACAUUUUGUCAGUGUCCUAUGGGGUCAGUUUGACCUUAAGCUGUUUAAAA